AUGGAUGGCAGUGACACAGCGGAUGACGCCCCGCCUAUCUCCUCUGAUUACAGCAUCAUACUGGACUUGCCGCCAAGUUGCGUAGAGUUUUCACCCUCACAUCCAGACUGUUUUGUAGUUGGCACGUACUACUUGAAGCCCGAAUCAGGGGCCAGCCAUACAACAUCUAUACAACAGGAGGAUGACCAAAUCGAACCGCCAGCGCAGGAUCGCAGGGGUAGUCUGAUGUUGUUUAAUUUGACAGACGAACGACUAGCACUUCGCCACAACGUGCACCUUGAUUAUGCGAUCCUUGACCUUCACUUCACGCCAUUCAGGAAAGGUAUAUUCGCAAUUGCCACGAGCUUAGGGACGGUUUGCCUAUGCACCAUGAAUAUUCAGGGGACCGGUCCCAUAGAAAUCGUCAACACGUAUGAGAUCUUUCCUAUCUCCUCACUCGUAUUGUCUCUCGCCUGGAACCGCGAACUGUCCCAUUCAGACACAAUAGCGGCAUCUUCUUCCGAUGGUCGAAUUGCAAUAUUCGAUUCAAAGUACCAGCCUCCCAUGACUUACACAAAGACCGAAGCACAUUCCCUCGAAGCAUGGACACUCGCAUGGACGUCUAAAGGAGCAGAGGAUGACUUACGCCCAGAAUUGUACUCAGGAGGGGAUGAUUCCGUUCUAUGUAGGCACGGUCUAUCCGUUCGCCCCGUCAGCGGAAGCCUCGAUGAGGGUAACAUACCCUCCCAUGGAUACGAUUUUCAGGCGCCUUUCCGCGAUACGAAAAUCCAUAUGGCAGGAGUGACUGCGAUAUUGCCAUUGCAACCUGUUUUUCAUGGGGAACAGAUCCUUCUGACUGGCAGCUAUGAUGAAUACGUUCGAGUCCUAAUGCCUAUUGACGGAUAUAGCAGGCCAAAGAUUCUGGCGGAAGAGAGACUAGGAGGAGGGGUAUGGAGGCUGAAAAUUCUCGAUUUCGAGGCGCCAGACCGUGGCAGGGGUCCAGUAUUUAGGGUACUGGCUAGUUGCAUGCAUGCUGGUGCAAAGAUUCUGGAGGUUCGACGAUCAGACGGUGGAAAGUGGCUCAUCAGUGUCCUAGCAAAGUUUGUGGAGCAUGAAAGUAUGAAUUAUGCCAGCGACGGUCGCCCAAGAUAUGGUGGACGGGGAGUGGAGGGUUUCAUCGUCGUUUCCACAAGCUUCUAUGACAAGAGGCUCUGCGUGUGGAAGACCAAAGUCUGCUCAUGA